AUGCCACCACUCCCAAACUUCUCCAACAACACCUUCCAAACCCGCCUUCAAUUCCAAGCCGCAGCCAAAACCCUACUCGACGCACUCCAUCCCUUCCAUUCCCCAGGCGGCGCACGCAUCAAACUCGGCUUAGCAACAGGCACACACUUCGACGAUGUCGCCGCGCAACUCGAAGGCUUCGCACGCCCCCUCUGGGCCAUUGGCGCCUUAGCACACGCUGACACUCUGAGUCCCUCUGAAAAAGCCGAAACAAUCGAGCCUUUUGUUCGCGGACUAGCAAACGGCACGGAUCCCACCCACGAAGAGUACUGGGGCCCCGUCGUCCUGCGCGAUCAGCGCAUGGUGGAAAUGGAAAUCAUUUCUUUUGCGCUGCUGGCGGCGCCCGAGACGCUGUUUCAUUCACAAACGGAGGGUGCGAAGCGCAAUAUUACGAGUUGGCUACAAACGAUCAAUGGGAAAGAUUUUCCGACGACGAAUUGGCUUUGGUUUAGGGUGAUGACGAAUUUGGCGUUGGUGAGGGUGUGUGGUGUGCCGCAGGAAGAGGUGCUGGGGGCUAUGCAGGCGGAUUUGGAGCUCAUGGAGGAGUUUUAUAGGGGGGAAGGGUGGGCGGCGGAUGGGAUGUGGGGGGAUGAGGGACGCCAGGCGGAUUAUUACUCUGGGAGCUUUGCGAUUCAGUUUUCGCAGUUGGUGUAUGUGAGGAUGGCGGGGGACCUGGAUCCGGAGCGGUGCGAGCGGUUUAGGAGGAGGGCGAGGGAGUUUGCGGGGAGUUUUUGGAGGUACUUUGAUGGUAAUGGUGCUGCUAUCCCCUUUGGCCGCAGUCUCACAUAUCGUUUUGCACUCGCAGGUUUCUGGUCCGCCAUCGCCUUCGCAGACGUCUCUCUACCCGCACCUUUGGACGACUGGGGCGUAAUCAAAGGACUUCUCCUCCGCCACUUCCGCUGGUGGGCCACGAAACCCGACAUCUUCAACAGCGACGGCACCCUCACCAUCGGCUUCGCAUACCCAAACAUGUACCUGAGCGAAGACUACAACAGCCCACAAUCCCCGUACUGGGCCAUGAAAUCCUUCCUCGCACUAUCCCUCCCACCAAGCCACCCCUUCUGGACAUCCGAAGAAAAACCACUGCCACGCAGCUCCCCCCACGUCAUCGUCCCAGUCAAACCACCAAUGCACAUCCUCUGCAACAACCCAAACCACCACUUCCUCCUCUCCACCGGCCAAUUCUGCCCCUGGCCCCUCAAAGCCACAGAGGCCAAAUACGGAAAAUACGCUUACUCAUCCCACUUCACCUUCAGCGUCCCUACCGGCCCCUUACUCCAACAACUCGCCCCGGAUAGUACCUUAGCACUGAGCAAAGACGGCGGCGAUACAUGGCGGGUACCGUGGAAAGUCAGUUCCCCGCGCUUCGACACCGUAGACCUCGUUCACAACGGCCAAGUCGCAGAAACAGUGCCUGCGCUGCGCAGCGAGUGGAAACCCUGGGUGGAUGCCGAGAUAGUAGUGUCAACGCUGCUUAUUGCGCCGUGCAAGCGCUGGCCGGAUUGGUAUGUACGGUGGCAUAGUAUCAAGAAUCAUGGUGCGAGUGAUGUGCAGUUGAGGGCUGUGCAGGGUGGGUUUGCGAUUCAAGGGCGGGGAUGGAGGAAAGGGGAGGUACUUCCGGAACUCAGUAGUGUGUCGGAGCUUAAGAGUGCGGGUGUACAGCGGGAUCAGGUGGCGGUCCUGGAAGGUACAGUGACAGAUGGGGAUUCAACGGUUAUAUGUUCGGAUGCGGGUGCGAGCGGUGUUCGCAUGUUGAGGUUACAGGCCGAGCAACAACGACCUACUAUCACGCGGCAGUGGGCGCAGAGCCUCAAGCCAGAUGCUAAUACGAAUUUGGUAUGGCAGCGGACCCUUAUACCGACAGUUGGUGUGGAUGCUGUUGCUAGGUGUUCGGCGGUUGAUGCUGGACCCAUGCUCUUUGGCUGUGCAGUGUUCGCCUUGGCGCUGACAGAGGAUAGAGCAGAGACGUACGGUCAAAGGCUGGACAUAGAGAAACUGUGGAUGGAUACACCGAUUCUUGAUGCUGGAAAUGAAAACGCCACUGGUAAUAAGUGGUAUCUAAGAGUUGGCUAG